UACAGAUGCCCUACCUCCUCUCUCUCUCUCUCUCUCUCUCCCCGAUUUUACUGAUUUCGGCCGGGUUGACUCAGUUCUGGCAACGAUUCUCACCGGAAGUUAGUCCUGUCUGGAGGAGACUACAGAAAACCACAAAAUUUGAAAUAUCCAGAACUUUCAUGCAAAGAAAUUGCUGAGAAUGAGAUUGUUAACUUCUUGUGCCUUACAGAACCCACUGCUUUCCAAACCUGCUUCUCCUUUCCUUGCCAUUGCCUUCUCCUUCUAAGCCAAAUGGACACUGAUGACAAGAUCCUUUAUUGUGAUAACUGUGGCCAUCUUGCUACCUUCAACAAUGGUGAUGAUGGUUUCUAUUACUGCCAAACCUGUGGGUCGCAAGCCCAAGAUGUCAUUGAUACCGCUGGCCAAGGUGAAGAUCUCUUCAAUAGUGGCAUCUACAAUCUGGCCCACAGCCGUAAGAUCAAAUCUGAACCAAUUUCCCAAUCCCAAAACCCGACCCCGUUCCCUAAAUCCUUAAAACCCCCAAAAGAAGAAGACAAGCCGUACCUUUUCGAGGAAGAGAUAUCCAUGCCAUUGGAUUUUGGGAACUCAAUGGAUCCUAUUGAUGCCAACAUGCUUGUGAACAACAUCAGGUUGCGGUAUGUGGAGGGGGUGCAGCUCAUGAUUCAGAUGCAGUGUGAGGCACUUGUGGACAGGUUUGGAGCUAGCGCAUCUAUUUGUGGGUUGUCAGGGACAAUCUGGUUGAGGUACGUGGCAACGUCGGGGGUUUUUGAAGAGCAGUGGGCAACUGAUGUGAUAGCAGACUCGGAGAAGGCAUUUGAAGACCGGGUCGGGAAAGAAGAAGCUGAAAUCUUUUGCAAGCCUAUUGGUGGUAAACAUAAAACAGAACCGCAUACCUUGUAUGGACAGAGAGCGGCGUUUAUUUGGAGUAAAAGUCUGAAAAUGAGAAUACCGGUGGCUUCAUCUUUGGCUAUUUGUCUUUUGGCUUGUCAUAUUGCCAGGGAGGCAAUCCUACCAACUGACAUAUUGAAAUGGGCGCUUGAGGGGAAGCUUCCAUACAUGGCUGCUUUUCUUGACAUUGAAAAACACAUUGGGGCCCAUUCAAGCACAUGCCCGUUAACUUCAAGGCAUUUGUUUAGGCCUGUUCGAGCUGUUGGAAUACAUCAUUUGGAAUUGCUGGCAAGCUCUGUUGCAGAACGUAUAGGAUUGCACCUUCCUUCGGUGAACUUCUAUUCAAUAGCUCGUCGCUAUCUCAUACAGCUCUCACUUCCUGUGGAGAAGAUUCUUCCACAUGCAAACCGUAUUUUUGAGUGGUCGAUGCCUCCAGAUUUAUGGUUCUCGACAAGUCCAUGCAGUCUGCCAACUCGUGUCUGCGUGAUGUCGAUUCUAAUCGUAGCUAUUAGGGUUUUGUAUGAUAUAAAUGGUUUGGGGAAGUGGGAAACGAGUUUGUCUAGCGUCAGCAACUCCAAACAGGCUGUCCAAGUCAAUCAAGCAUCAGAAAAAUCUGUUCAUUCACGUGAGGUUGGUAAGAAGGCUGGUGAUGCGAAGGCUAAUUCCAGUGAGAUGGUCAUGGAUACAAACCGAAGUAGUAGCUCAUCACACAUUCAGAGUUCUGAGUUGGACACUGCAGAAUUAUUGUCCAACCUUGAGAAGGCAUAUCAUAAGCUCACCAACAUACAUGAGUAUUCAAAGGACUUGCCAUCAUAUCUAAAAUACUGCAAGGAUGUUGUCUUUGCUGGACUAACAAUGUCAUAUGAAGAGGAGAAUGUUGCUCAACAAUUGUGGGAUAUAUUUGAGGAUCGAGAGGAAAUCAAACCGCCCUUGGAAAGAGAAACUGGAUGUGGCAUCUUGAGCCGAAAGAGGCCAAGAGAUGAAGGAGAUGUUGCUACGUCCACAGACAGUCAGAGAUCAAGAGAAAACGGGCAUGUCCAAUCCUCCAAAGAUUGCAAGAUAUCAAGACACGAACAUUCUACCACGUCUGUAGGUGAGAAAACGGUUAAUGAGGCGGGCUCCACGAAAUCGACACUCAACGGGCAUCUUAGCAUGCCUACAAGCAAGAAAGGCAAAGCAGUCAAGACCGACGAUCGUGCGACGCGGAGUCUGAGUGGCGAGUGCUCUUCAAGCAUGGAGAGGGCAUUGAGAAGGAUGAAAUCGAACAUGGAGGAGAACAUGUUCCGCUAUAUUCCACCCCGGAACACCUCUCCGAAGAAGCAUGGAUACAUUCAUUUCAAGAGGAAGAGAAUGAGCGGAGAAUUGAAUUAUGUGGCCCACGCGGACUACUACAUAUUGCUCCGUGCUUGCGCCAGGCUCGCACAGGUUGAUGUCCGGACCAUGCAUAUUGCCGUACUGAAACUCGAGAGAAGACUCUCUUGGAUCGAGAGGCGAAUCGAUAGCAGCUUACUGGAGCUUUCUUGUAAGUUAGAUGAUACCAAAUUGUCAUAUUCUGAUGAUUCACUUGAUUUUUCAAGUUUUAAAUUCAAGUUGUGAGCUUUUCUCAA